AUGUCGAGUCGUAAAAGAGUAGUGUUACCGAUUACUGAUAAAAUAAAAAUCAUCGAGUCAUUAAAAAAAGGUGAAAGUGGUCGUUUGUUAGCCGAUAAAUAUGGAGUUGGUACUUCUACAAUAUCAGAUAUUAAGAAAAACGCCGAAUCAAUUUUAAAUUACAAGGUCAAAAUUGAUAGUCAAGAUGGAAGUAUUAAUCGGAAAGCUAUGAAGGACCCGCCAAAUAAACUUUUAGAAGAUGCUGUGUACAGUUGGUUUUUACAAAAGCGAUCAACGGGGCGACCGAUAUCAGGUCCUUUGCUCCGUGAAAAGGCAUUAGAUUUAAAUAAAAAAUUAGGUGGCAGUGCAUCAUUCUUGGCAAGUAACGGAUGGUUAUUAAAAUUUAAAAAUCGUCAUGGAAUUCGUGAAUUAGAAAUUCAAGGUGAAAAAAUGUCGGCAGAUACGAAUUCAGCAAAUUCUUUUAAAGAUGAUUUUAAAAAAACGUUAAAUGAAGGUGACUAUGAUUUAGACUUUGUCUAUAACGCGGAUGAAACUGGUUUAAAUUGGAAAUUGUUACCGUCAAAGUCAUUAGCUUCUUGUCAAGAGAAUUCUGCUCCAGGACAUAACUCGAGUAAAGAACGAGUAACAAUUCUAGUUUGCGCAAACGCUUCUGUGAGUCAUAGAAUGCCUUUGCUUCUUAUUGGAAAGUCUAAGAAGCCCAGAUUAAAAAAAUUCCAAAACGAAAUUGGCAAGCAAGGAAAGGUCUUACUUUUACUGGAUAAUGCACCAACUCAUCCUUCAGUUGAAACAUUAGAGAGAGAAAAUGGAAUGUUUAAAGUGAUAUUUUUGCCUCCUAAUGUAACUUCGCUAUUGCAGCCCAUGGAUCAAAGCGUCAUUGAAACAUUAAAAAGACUUUAUAGGAAAGAACUUUUACGCAGAUUAUUGUCUGUUGAUGAUGACACUGAUGCACAAGUCGUUUUGACGUUUUUCAAACAGAUGAAUUUAAAGGAAUGUUGUUAUAUGCUUGUUAGUACAUGGGAUCUGGUUCAAAGAAAAACAUUGAAUAAAGCUUGGAAUAAAAUACUCAACCGGAAUGAAGAAAAUCCAGCAGAAGAUACAGAUAAUUUUGAUUCAGGGGAAAUCAGUGAGAUCAUAAAGGAUUUACAAAUAUGCCAGGAAUGCGAUUCUGAAGAUUUGGAAGAAUUGCUCAGUUGUGAUAGUAAUGAUCAAGGAUUUCAAAUCAUGUCAGAUGAUGAAAUUGUUAAUAACUUAUUGCAGGCGAACAAUCAAAAGGAAAUUUGUGAAGACGAAACAGAAAAAAAUGAAAGUGAAGAAAAUGAUGCAGAGCCAUCUCAUUCAGAUGCAUUUCAAGCUCUAGAAACAGCUUUACAAUGGUUUGAAAAACAAGAAGAGUGCGAUACCGUAAGCUUACUGCGACUAAAACAAAUCAGGGAUAUUGGGAUUGGCUAA